UAACCAGCCAGAUUAGAAGGGUCUAGGAUUCCUUUGUAAGGCACAGCAAGAAAGACAAUCAGAUACAAUAUCAGGGAUCUCCUGGUAAGGCUUCUGGCUACCAUUAGUUCUGAAUACUGAGGUUUUGAUGAGAAAAAUGGCUGUGAGUUUUGAAAUGUCUUUGAGAAUUUCUUGGAUUUGUUGCCUGCUAAUUGGAGGGAUAACCUGUUAUCCUCCACCUAAAGGUAACUAUAGAUAUAUUCCCCCAAAUAAAUUAAAAGGAACCACGACUGGCCCAAAUACUUUAGGUGGAGCAACUGGAUCCCGUACCUCAGCAGCAGAAACAGCCACCCACAAUGCCUCAGCAAGUGCCACGACUGGCCCAACUACUUUAGGUGAAGCAACUGGCCACAGUGCCUCGGCACCGGCCCCCCCCCGUAAUGCCUCGGCAAGUGUGGUAACUGGCCCAAAUACCUUAGGUGAAUCACCUGGCCACAAUGCUUCAUCAGGUUUCACGGCUGGCCCAAAUACCUUGGGUGACGCAUCCGACUCCCGUGCCUCAGCAGAAGCAGCCGCCCACAAUGCCUCAGCAAGCGUCACGGCUGGCCCAAAUACCUUAUGUGAAGCAACCGGCCACUUUGCCUCGGCAGUGGAAGCAACCGGCCACAGUGCCUCAUCAAGUGCGGAAUCUGGUUCAAAUGCCUCGGCAGAAGCGACAGGCGCCCUUGCCUCGGCAGAAGCGACAGGCGCCCUUGCCUCGGCAGAAGCGACAGGCGCCCUUGCCUCGGCAGAAGCGACAGGCGCCCUUGCCUCGGCAGAAGCGACAGGCGCCCUUGCCUCGGCAGAAGCGACAGGCGCCCUUGCCUCGGCAGAAGCGACAGGCGCCCUUGCCUCGGCAGAAGCACAGCCUUGAACAGGAGGGCCAACUCCUCAAGCAACAUGGAUUUUAGCAGCAGUGAUGUUUCUCAGGAUUUUGUGUCUGAUAGUGACAAUGAAGGCACCUAAUGUGUCAGCUCCAGCAGCGUUCAAGGCAGCAUCGUUGAACAGUCAGUUCUCAUCCCAAUAUAGUUACAAAUCGUUUAUGAGAAUGGCAGAACUGUCUACUCCCAAUCCUGCCACACCACUGGGGAGGUUAUACCUUUUUGAUAGCGGAGAAGCAUAUCCCCACCUGCUAAAAACUCACAACCUGUUAAAGGAACCCCACCACAAGGGAACGGCUACUGGGAUGCAAUGUAUAACUUUUACACAUCUGAACUUUGCGUUCUGAUUUUGAAAUCCUUUGUACUAAUCAUCUAUCAACAGAAUUGUAAAUGUAGAUUCAUCCUUUGGAUGACAAUUCUGAGUUGUUGCUGACACUUUCUUUAAGCUUCCACUGUAUGCUUUUGCGACGGCCAGGGAGUUGCUGCUGCUCAUGCUACCCUGCAUUACUUGUAAAACAAUAAAAUAUUGUACCUUUAAAA